AAACAGAGCGAAGCGCCGGACACACAGACUCGGGAACAGCCGCAGCCAUGCCCACCGUGGAGGAGCUCUACCGGAACUACGGAAUACUGGCAGACGCCAAGGACGAUGUCGGGCAGCACAAAAGUGCCUAUCAGGUCAUCCUCGAUGGAGUAAAGGGAGGACCGAAAGAAAAGCGGCUCGCUGCCCAGUUUAUCCCGAAAUUCUUCAAGCAUUUCCCUGACCUGUCAGAUGCAGCACUCAAUGCCCAGCUUGAUCUGUGUGAAGAUGAGGAUGUUUCUAUCCGUCGGCAGGCAAUAAAAGAACUGUCACAAUUUGCCACCGGAGAGAACCUUCCUCGUGUAGCAGAUAUUCUUACGCAGCUUCUGCAGUCAGAUGACUCUGCCGAAUUCAACCUGGUGAACAACGCUCUGCUGAGCAUAUUUAAAAUGGACGCUAAAGGGACCUUGGGAGGCCUUUUUAGCCAGAUUCUUCAAGGAGAAGAUGUUGUACGGGAGAGAGCCAUCAAAUUCCUGGCCACCAAGAUGAAAACGCUUCCAGAGGAUAUCCUGACAAAAGAAGUGGACGAUUACAUAUUCUCUGAGUCUAAAAAGGUUCUGUAUGAUGUCACUGGAGAAGAGUUUGUUUUGUUCAUGAAGAUCCUGUCGGCGCUGAAGAACUUGCAGACAGUCAGUGGCAGACAGCAGCUGGUGGAUUUGGUCUCUGAGCAGGCGGGGCUGCAUCAAACGCUAAACCCUGCAGAUCCCGACUCUGUAGAUCGACUGCUCCAGUGCAUGCGGCAGGCCGUGCCUUUGUUUUCCAAGAAUGUCCACUCCACCAAAUUCGUGACCUAUUUCUGUGAGCAAGUGCUUCCCAUCCUGAGCUCUCUCACCAGCCCAGCUGAAGGCAUUGAUGUCCAGCUAGAGGUGUUAAAGUUGCUGGCUGAAAUGAGCUCCUUCUGUGGCGACAUGGAUAAACUUGAAUCCAAUCUGAACAAACUGUUCGACAAGUUGCUGGAAUUCAUGCCACUUCCUCCUGAAGAGGUUGAGAAUGGGGACAGCGCUGCCAAUGAAGAGCCCAAACUUCAGUUUAGCUACGUUGAAUGUUUACUGUUCAGUUUCCACCAGCUCGGGAGAAAGUUGCCGGACUUCCUUAUUGCUAAAGUUGACGCAGAGAAGCUAAAAGACUUCAAAAUCAGGUUACAGUAUUUUGCUCGGGGUCUCCAAGUCUAUAUUCGUCAGCUCCGCCUCACCCUUCAGGGAAAAUCUGGAGAUGCUCUGAAAACAGAAGAGAACAAAAUUAAAGUCGUUGCUCUGAAAAUAACCAACAACAUCAACGUAUUAAUUAAGGACCUGUUCCACAAUCCUCCCUCCUACAAGAGCACAGUGACGUUGUCCUGGAAACCAGUCCAGAAGACUGAUUCAGGGCAAAAGAGAAUGAGUGAUGAGACUUCAUCUACUUCACCACCCAAAAAACCAGUAGUGGGACCAAAAAGAGACUCCAGGCAGAUCUACAACCCUCCCAGCGGCAAAUACAGUGGCAAUGUGGGAGCUUUCUCCUAUGAGCAGCGCGGUGGAUUCCAGGGGGGCAGAGGCAGGGGAUGGGGAGGACGUGGUAACCGCAGCAGAGGAAGGAUUUACUGAGAACGGAAGGUUCCAAUUGCCCCUGACAAGAGGCUGGACUUUUUGAUGACCCCCCCUUCCCUCCCCCUUACAGUUGCCUUUGGCUACAGACAUUAACAUAAACAGAAAAUCAUCCUUUCUACCUUUGUAUGUAGCUGCUGUUUUCUAUCAAGACGCUCUGCAGCCUGUGCCCAUCGCCAUUCCUGAGCGGCGUCCAUUCAGCUUUUCCUUUGUUUUUUUGGGGGAUAUUGUGUAGGUUUGAUUGUGGAUCCCUGUAAACACUAUGAGCAGGAACAAUAGAGGCUCCUUUGUGUUAGGUCAUAACCAGUUGAAUUUCAUUUAUUAAUAGCCCCUCUGUUACUGUGACGCUUCACGUCUUUGUUUUCCAUCACGUCUUUGUUUUCCAUUACGGCAUGCAACGCAAGCCCCUCUGUGAUUCAUCUACCUUCCGGAAUCUCAAAGGUCAUCGUGAAAGUUGGGAUUCUGCAUGCUCUACAGCCCCUGUGUCAGCUGAAAAAGGAUUGUUUUUGUUUUUCCAGACAACAGAAUUUCAAGGAUUUUUAUUGUUUUUUUUCUAAGUUACCUUUUGUUUAUAAUUAUUUAUCUGUAAGGGUAGCAAUGAGUGUAAAUUUAUUUGGGUACAUGUGGAAUAAGUGCACCUUUUUUUAACAGCAAAGGACCAUGAUCCCUGGGGGCAGACAUUUUUUGGGUGGAUUUCAUCUAAAUGUACAUUCAGCAAGAUUUAAUCAUUCUGUUCUAGCAAUCGGUCGGUUUUCUUUGUUUUUUUUCCCCCACUUAUGUUCAGCAUGAGCCAAAUAAAUAGGGUUUGUACUUUAAA